AUGCGAUAUACGUCUUUUAAGAAGACUGGCGCCAUGCCCGAAUGGGUCCCGCCGUCGCUAAGACCGCUGGCCCUCAUUUCUCUCGCCGUGUGUUCCUUCGGAAUCAUCGCCGCUCUGGAGGUCCUGCGCCAUUACACCGUCGCCCAGGUCUUAUCACCAAACAAUGAUGGCAUCCUCUUUUCUGCCAGAUACUUGCCCACUCUCGCCAUUAUCGCGCUGGGCUACGUCGUCAAGGGAUUGGCCUCUGAUCUGAAAAAGGUCACCCCAUGGGCCAAUAUGAGCGGGAAGUGGGCUAGUGGCAGCCAUUCGGUCCUACUGGAUUAUAUCAAUGCGCUGGAAAUCGUGGCGGUCUUCUCCGCGUUACGCAAAAAACACUGGGCCGUGUUUACAGGCCUUGUGUGUGCUUUCAUCUGCGGCGCACUCGUCCCUCUGGCCAACGCGCUCGCUUACGUCGACUUAUUCGCCCCCAGGAAUAUAACCACAACAUUCACCCAGACGUCGGCUUUUCGUUUUGACAAUUCGCCUCUGGUUAUGGCCAAUGACUCUCUGACAAUACCCUGGAACACCACCGGGACGGAGCCAUAUGCUCGAGCUAUCUCCCAGCGCUUUGGAGGCGCUCCUCGCACCCUGUGGACGACCACGUACCGAAUGCAACCGCUACUGCCCGAAGUGAAUGCCAUCGCCGCAACACUAGACUGCCAACGCCUUCGGUACAACCACACGGUGGCCGAUGGUUACCCUAGGUUCGCUGCGAACCCAGAUGACCUGGAAGCUGCUGGGUGCAACGUUCCCCUUGACCUCCUUAGCGCUAGUUCGUAUGCCUGGCUCAACAUCACGCAGUGCUCCGACCACAGAGAUGAUAUGCGAAUCUUGGCGGUCUACUCACCUCCUUCUCGACGGUCAAAUAACGACGGUUCGUCGAUAAUAGGGCUCAUCUGCUCGCCGCGAUUUACCAGCCAGCAGGCCAGAUUGUCUGUUAACACCACAAAUUCUGAGAUUACGGCGUUUUCGGCAUCGUCAGAGCCACAGCCUCUAGACAUCAAGACCAGCACAGAAGCCCUGUGGAUAUAUUUGCGGAACCCAUUGGAUUCCGAAACACAGAAAAUAUUUGGCAGGGCGCAGCUGCACGGUGUAAGAGGGACGUAUAACCCAGGGACUAAACCGGUGGCCAACAUGGCCAAUAUAACGGCUGCCAUGGUCUUUGGUACUGAGGUCUGGCGGGAUCCCUUCAUGCAGGUAGCACUGCAUGGCCAUCCCGAGGAUGCUCCAAUCGGUUAUGAUGACUUUGCAGCCAGAGUGACAGGAUUUGCUGGCAAUGUGUGGGCGGAGGUCAUAAGCUUCCUGGCACGCAGUAAAGCUUCGAGCGAAUUGCCAGGCAGCAUUGCCGUUACCGACGAGAGAAUUCUACUGAGGACUCCAGUGGUGAUAACCUUAGAAACGUUGCUGGCUGUCCUGGGUAUCUUGACCAUCAUCUUCGCGCUCCGACUUCGGCCCAAAACCGUGCUGAAACAGGAUCCCGGCUCGUUGGCUGCGGGAAGUGUUAUGCUCUCUGCCUCGGACGCAGCCGUCGAAAAGGAGAUGGCAAAGCAUGCCCUAUCAUCGACACAGUCAAUGACUACGAGUCUGCGCAGUACACGAUUCAUGCUUCGGCACCGGAACGCCGGACAGCAUCCCGGCGUUACAAUCGACCUGACACAAGGUUCUGUAGAGCAGGAACCGGUAGAAAUGGUCGAUAUGAACCGGCAGAACCUCGGUGAUGUCGACUAUCAGCCCGUGCCAAAAGAUCCGGAUUCAGUCUCCACGACCAAGGGCACCAACUUGGACGGGUGGAGGCCCCUACCAUUGCGCUUCGCAUCCAGGAUUGCUUUCGCGGUAGCCAUCGCGGUGGUGAUGAUCGGCUUGGGAAUCAUGCUGUGGCUAUCGGCGAAACACAAUGGAAUCUGUGUGUAUACGCAGGUAUCGUCUGCAGCUUUGACGCUGUCUACGUCGACGGUUCUCGUGCUUCUUGGGUAUUGCUUCGCCGGCGUGGAUGCCUCAGCGCAAGCGCAGGCACCUUUCAAUGUCUUACGGAGAAGGCCCAACAAUCGAACCAUCUUCACAGACGACUUAACGCUCCUUGGGCGGCUCUCUGGACUAGGGUCCGGAUGGAUGAACACCACGCUGUUUGCCUCGGCCGCGGCGUAUCUCUUGAUCAUUCCUGCCAUGAAGCUCGUUGCAGCAGGGCUUUUCUCUCCAAUAAGUACAGAGGUGGUCGAUGUCAUGACUGUGCAGAUGGAUACUAGCAUGACUACGCAGGUGGAAAAUAUCCAACUGGAUACUAGCGAUUCCGCGAUGAUUGUCAAGCGGGCCUGUGAUUUUGCGGAGUGGGAAAUUAAUCCCGUCUUCGGCCUGCGCCCCAGGCCAGGCAUCGUUGGCAAUCUUGUCUUGGAUAAUCUGACAGCCGUCGAUGGUACGAAGAACGACAUCUCUGACGGUGUAAUUGAAGCCCGCGUUCCCGCCAUCGCAGUUGAUAUACAAUGCGAACCCAUCCCCUCUUCGGCUUUCAAUUUGUCUAUAAAACUUGACGACCAGGAGGGAGGCAUGUGGUUUACAUGGGCAUGCACGACAGAGCCCUGCUCUGGGCACGUUUUCGGUGACGACUACUUUUCGUCCGAGAUUCCUGCUUAUUUGGGAGACGUCAGUUUGCUGACGCCGGAUACGUGGAAAGGAUAUGAAUCGGAUGGAAUACCAGCGUCAGAAACUGAAUAUGCAAUUUAUCUAGCAGAUCUUACUUCUCUGGGAGGCUCCAGCCACUCAUUCAGAAACAUGACGCCGCUGCCCUACGGGGACAAUGACACAACCUUUUGGGCCACACCGGGUAGUCUAAACGUUACGCUGCCUACUGUGACAGCGACAAGUUGCAGGAGGAACCUUACCAUCGUCAAUGUCAACGCUACAUUCACUAGACCGAACCCAGUCGCCAUUGAAGUCGACGCGCCUUUACUCCCCUGGAGACCCGUCUCGGUUGAUGUCGAAUCCAUUCAAUACAUUCGGCCUUAUCCAGACGUCCAGCCAGAGUACUUUCAGCCUCCAAGGGUGCUACUCGACAUGUUUGGACAGACUUUUGACGAUAAGUUGGUAGAUGGCAGACUGUGGAGCAACUCACUCUGGCCGACUCGAGGAAGCAGCCGAAACUUCUUCGAGCUGCUGGCAGCGGACUCGGAAUACCGCGUCGGAAACCUAUCUAGGCUUCUUAGUCCCGCCGGACUGACAGACUCCGCAAAACACAUGUACACGGCGUACUGUACUCAGAUUCUCACAGAGCUCCGUACCUUCGCAAACAAUGCCUCGUUGGCCCCGUCGGCCCCGUCGGUCAACCAGACAGUCCCCGCGAGGCUAGUCCACUCCCAACCUCGCGUGCAUCAGGAUGCCCAAAUCACAUAUAUCCUCCUAGCGCUUCUAGGCACAGUAGCCUGCGUUGCGCUUCUGGUAUUCUGUCAUUUUCCCGGUGAUGCCAUCCUACCCAAAGAAAUCGGGUCCAUCGCGUCCAGAUUCUCGCUUCUUGCCGGCAGCUCGCUGGUCGAACAACUGCGGCAGGAACAAGUGACGGACGUGGACGAAAUACGCAAGUGGCGCGAGCCUGCUGCACUGGGAUGGAUGGUCCAUGAAGAAGUUCAUCGAGCAACACGCGAUUAUCCUGAAUCCGCUGGUGAUCUCCCACAAUUGGCCUACUUGGAAGUCUACAGAGCUCAUGUGAACCCAUACCUGUCUGGCUCUUCACAAAUGCAGCUCCUGGCGUACAGCGAGAUCCGCAAUGAUCUCCUCACUCCCUCCAACAACCUGUAA